AGGGAGUCUUUUCCUGCUCAAAUCUCAUUGGCUCAUUUAAUUUCUGAAAAUUUUUCUUUUGUCAGUCACAGCAAAAAAUAAAUAAAUACACAGGCUUGUUUAAACACGCGACUGACCCGAAGUCAUCGACUUUCGUGUGGGUUGUCGAGCGCACACAGUCAUGAGAAAUUACCGCCAACUCCGCAAAUUUGUUUUAGAUACGCGCUCCCACGCGCGCGUGCUCGCUAUUGGCGCUUUUGAUUGGUCGUCUACAUAUAGUGUUUAAAAGCGCUUUUCCUCAGACUGCACUCUUUAUUCGCACUGGAUUGAUUUGUAGUCUAACUGAAAAUGGUUCGCACGUUCAUUCUGAUGUGUCUUCUGGUUGGUGGGAUAGAGUGUUUAAGUAUCGAGAGUGGGAGAGCGUGUUUUUACGUCAAGGAUCAGGAGAUUCCAUCACAUUUUGAGUUUGUGAUGGAGGGAGGAUCUGUUACUUUUAAAACUGGUCUCAAUGAACUACAGACAGAUCAGGAGAUACUGUGGAAGUUUAAUGAUGAAAGUAAAAUCUUAGCAAAGAUCAACAGAGAAACAAAUGAGACGUCAAUACCUGGAAAUGCUGAUGAGAGAUUCAGAGACAGACUGAAGCUGAACGAUACGACGGGAGAUCUCAUCAUCACAAACAUCAAGAACUCAGACUAUGGAGAAUAUAAGAUGGAGAUCAGAGACAACACAGAGACAAGACACAAAAUAUUCAGAGUUAUUGUCAGGAAAGAUGUAGAGAAUCUAAAACAGUUAGAGGGACGAUCUGUUACUCUAAAAACUGGUCUCAAUGAACUACAGACAGAUCAGGAGAUUCUGUGGAUGUUAAAUGAUGAAAGAACAAUCUUAGCAAAGAUCAACAGAGAAACAAAUGAGACGUCAAUACCUGGAAAUGCUGAUGUGAGAUUCAGAGACAGACUGAAGCUGAACGAUAAGACGGGAGAUCUCACCAUCACACACAGCAAGACCUCAGACUCUGGUGAUUAUAAGAUGAAGAUCAGAGACAAGACAGAGACAAGACACAAGAGAUUCAGAGUUCAUGUUUAUGAGACUGAACUUAUAGAGGUGUCUGUGCUGGUGGCGAUGGAUGGAUCUGUUACUCUAUAUACUUUUCUCAAUAAACUACAGACAGAUCAGGAGAUACUGUGGAAGUUUAAUGAUGAAAGUAAAAUCUUAGCAAAGAUCAACAGAGAAACAAAUGAGACGUCAAUACCUGGAAAUGCUGAUGAGAGAUUCAGAGACAGACUGAAGCUGAACGAUAAGACGGGAGAUCUCACCAUCACAAACAUCAAGAACUCAGACUCUGGAGAAUAUAAGAUGAAGAUCACAAACAGCACAGAGACAAGACACAUGAUAUUCACUGUUUAUGUUAAUGGAGAGAUUUUUGUUUCAGAGGAGUCUCUGCUGGUAACGGAGGGAGAAUCUGUUACUUUAAAAACUGGUCUCAAUGAACUACAGACACAUCAUGGAAUACUGUGGAAGUUUGAUGAGGAAAAUAAAAUAUUAGCAAAGAUCAACAGAGAAACAAAUGAGACGUCAAUACCUGGAAAUGCUGAUGGGAGAUUCAGAGACAGACUGAAGCUGAACGAUAAGACGGGAGAUCUCACCAUCACAAACAUCAAGAUCUGCGACUCUGGAGAUUAUAAGAGGAAGAUCAGAGACAACACAGAGACAAGACACACGAGAUUCAGAGUUUAUGUUAAAGAUUCAGUCAAAACUAAAGAAAGUAAAGUAACAACAGUUGUGAAGACUUUACUGAUUAAAGCAGAAGAUGAAGUUUGAUCAGCUGAUAGAUGCUCAUCAUCACAUCUGUUACAUCAUCAACAUCUACAGUUUAACUAUCUCAUUAUCCGUCCUCUUUAAAAGAUCAUCUUCAUAUGCUGUUGAUCUCAAUUGAAAAAUUAAAGUUAUUCUUUUUAAUAAUUACUUAAACAACUAUCAGCUAAAUAUAAACAUUAUUAAAAAAGCGUUUGUGUCUGAUCAUUUAUGUGCUUUAAUAGAUAAACUGAUUAUUUAGUAAUGGCUGUUGUAACAGUAAACACAUGCUAGUGUUGUGUUCGAGCUGCUCAACAUGUUAGACUUAAUACACAAUGCAUGUCAUUAUUAAUAAAUGAAAAAAUGGUUCUUUA